AUGUAUCCGAUAAAUCAAACUGUAGUCACUGAGUUUAUCCUGCAAGGGUUUCCAGCCUCCGCUGAGUUGCAGAAGUAUCUCUUUGUCCCAAUACUUUUUACCUACCUCCUCACAAUCGUUGGAAACAUCCUGAUUGUUGUCAUUGUUGUCCAUGAUCCUCACCUUCACAAUCCCAUGUACUUCUUCUUGGGGAACUUUUCCUCCUUGGAGGUCUUCUACGUCACCACUCUGUCCCCCAAGAUGUUGGCUCACUUUCUAGUGGAGAAGAAGUCCAUCUGUUUCUACUGUUGCAUCUCUCAAGCCUUUUUCCACUUCUUCCUCGGAGCCACAGAAUUCUGCCUGCUUGCUUCCAUGUCCUUUGAUCGCUACAUUGCCAUCUGCAAACCACUGCAUUACAGCGUCAUCAUGAAUUACAGACUUUGUCUCCAGCUAGCCUUGGGCUCAUGGUUGGGAGGGUUAUCAACUGUCAUUCUCCAGACGGUUUUACUGUGCCAGCUCCCAUUUUGUGGUCUCAAUACGAUCAACCACUUCUACUGUGAUGUGACUCCCUUGCUGGGUUUAGCUUGUGCUAACACAUAUCUGCUCGAACAGAUGGUGUUAGUGGGAUCCGUCCUUCUUCUGUUCAGUACCUUCCUAUUGACUGCUAUCUCAUAUAGCUUCAUCAUCUUCACCAUAAUGCGCAUCUCUUCAUCCUCAGGGAGACAGAAGGCUUUCUCAACUUGUGUUGCCCACCUUACAGUUGUAUCCAUCCAGUAUGGAACUGUUAUGUUCAUGUAUGUUAAGCCCAAUUCCAACUCUUCUUUGGAAAUAAACAAGGCGGUUUCUGUACUUAAUACCAUUGUGACCCCUCUACUCAACCCUUUCAUCUACACUCUGAGGAACAAAGAUGUCAAAGAAGCUCUGAAGAAAAUGGCAUGUACUAAAGAAAAAAUGUUUCAUUGA